AUGCUGCCUCGUCUAUGGAUUCGACGUUUCUUUGCAGAAAUCAGCGAUAUCGACCGAGCCCUACGUCGUCAUUCAAGAAAAGAAUCUAUUGCAGUGGGUCAGUUAGACAAGAUUGUUGAUGACGAUGCAAAAAUGACGAUUUCAAUUGACGUCAGUAGGUUCAAGCCAGAUGAACUCAAGGUGGAUCUCGACGGUCGAGUUCUCACAGUUGAGGGGAAACAGGAGACCAAGGAAGAGCACGGCUACGCUAUGAGAUCGUUCGUUCGUCAGUGGACCCUCCCGGAGGAUGUCAACGUGGUAUAG